AUGAAGGACAAUGGCCAGUCACACUGGUCAACCCUUAGAGAUCUACUGAUGGGUCGUUUUGAGUAUCCUUGUAAUAAAACAAACAAUAUAACAAAAGCAAAUAAAAAAGACAAUGCAUUUCUUUCAGGAGAUAACAGUGGAUGGGCAAAUAUCCUAGAGAAAGUCCCUAGAAAAGCAAAGGAGUUGGAUGAACCACAAGAAUGCUGUCUCUCCCAGUUUCCAGCGGUUUGUGAGUGUAAAGACACUGAGCUGGAGUGCGUAGACGCUAAUUUAGAAGCAGUACCUUCCAUCUCGGACAAUGUCACAUUGCUGUCUUUAAAGAGAAACAAAAUUCAUGAGCUUCAAGACAAAGUUUUCAGCAGGUUCAAAUAUUUAUCCAAGUUGUUUCUUCAACACAACUGCUUGAGGAAUAUAUCUCAGCAAGCAUUUUUUGGACUGUAUCAGCUUCAAAGACUAUAUCUAAGCAACAACUGUAUAUGCAGCCUACCAGCAGGAGUAUUCCGUCACUUACAUGAGUUAGAAUGGUUAAUCCUUGAUGAAAAUCCGAUAAUGAAAAUUUCACAGGAGCUUUUCACAGGAUUACAGUCUUUGUUCUUCUUAUCAAUGAUAAACAACUCACUGGAAGCUCUUCCACAAAGUAUAUGUGCCAAGAUGCCUGUAAUCAAUUGGAUGGAUUUUGAGGGUAAUCAGAUAAGAACAUUGAAUAGUUCCAUAUUCAUGACAUGUGAUGAACUUACAGUGCUGUUUUUACGUGGAAACCUGAUCAAUUUGGUUGAAGAAAAUACAUUUACAUCUUUAAGGAGCUUAGCUGAAAUAGAUUUGUCAAAUAAUUUCAUCGUUGAAUUACCACGUUCCAGCUUUAAAGAACUGAAACAUUUACAAAAACUAAAUCUUGGUUGCAAUCCACUUUCACUCCACGUUAAUCAGUUUGACAACUUGCAACAUCUCCAGUCAUUAGACCUGGAAAAAGUUGAAAUUCCCAAUAUAAGCACAAGAAUGUUUCAGCCAAUGAAGAAUCUCUCUCACAUAUAUUUUAAAAAGUUUAGAUACUGUUCCUACGCACCCCAUGUACGUGUGUGCACGCCAUUAACAGAUGGGAUAUCUUCGUUUGAAAAUCUUUUGGCGAAUAAUGUACUUCGAGUUUUUGUGUGGGUCAUAGCUUGUAUCACUUGCUUUGGAAACAUCUUUGUCAUCGGAAUGAGGUCUUUUUUUCAGUCAGAGAAUAAGACGCACACCAUAUCAAUAAAGAUUCUGUGCUGUGCAGAUUGUCUAAUGGGAGUUUAUCUUUUCUUUAUUGGAGUGUUUGAUGUGAAAUACCGGGGACAGUACAAAAAAUAUGCUCUGUUAUGGAUGGAGAGUCUGCAAUGCAAGAGUCUAGGAUUUCUCGCCAUGCUUUCUACUGAAGUAUCUGUUCUACUAUUGACUUAUUUGACUCUUGAAAAAUAUCUAGCCAUUGUUUUUCCAUUCAAAAAUAUUCGACCUGGAAAACGGCAGACAUUAAUAAUCCUCAUAUUAAUAUGGGUGAUUGGAUUUAUCAUAGCUAUCAUUCCAUUUUGGAAUGAAGAACUCUUUGGGAACUAUUAUGGAAAAAAUGGAGUUUGUUUUCCACUAUAUCCAGAUCAAACAGAGGAAAUUGGUGGUAAAGGUUAUUCUCUUGGUAUUUUUCUAGGCUUGAACCUUGUAGCCUUUGUCAUUAUAGUGUUUUCGUACGUCAGCAUGUUUUGUUCAAUACGAAAAACUGCGCUUCAAAGAUCCGAUGUCAGAACUCAUCUCCACCGGGAUGUCGCCGUGGCCAAUAGGUUUUUCUUCAUUGUUUUUUCUGAUGCUGUGUGCUGGAUUCCUGUUUUUCUUCUAAAAAUUCUCUCCCUCUUUCGUGUUGAAAUCCCAGGCACCGUUACCUCCUGGAUUGUUAUAUUUAUUCUACCCAUAAACAGUGCCUUAAACCCAAUUCUUUACACCUUAACCACAAGUUUCUUUAAAGAAAAGCUUAAACAACUAUUACACAGGCAGCGUAGACGGUCUAUAUUCAGGAAUGAUGGGAAAAGUUUAUCUUCUUCAAUAGUAUGGACAGAAGAUCCACUUCAGCACUCCUUGAAACUUGGAUUUUUUCAUAAAAAAUCUGUUGGCGAAAUUACCAUCAGAUCAACAUGAUUGAUAGAAAGAGACAGUUGAUGGGAACUAAGCCUAAAACGUGAUGCACUUGGCUGUGUCUCAUACUGGGGCAGCUAUUUUUCAUAAAUGUUUUGGACAAACAUUUGUGAUACCCUAUGCAUAUCUCCUUGAGAUGACAAGGGGAGAUUAUAGUGCGAUGUAUGCUAUGUCACAGAUGCAUAUACAUAAUCAUCACCUUUAGGGUAAAAGGCAUUAAUGUUAACAAUUUCAUUAGUACCAAAAUGCAGAUUAAGAAAACUAAUAGCUUUAUUAUUUUUUGCAUAUUUAGCCAUAUGGGCUUUUUGUUCAUUAGUAUAAUGCUGUCAGUCACUGCUAUAUCUGUAAAAAAAAAAAGAAAAAAGAACAAUACCUAGGAUUUUAAGAUUUCUGUGACGUAUCAUUGGGGAACUGUUUUCAGGCUUUUACAGAACUCAGUGACUUCUUAUUCUCCUUAUAGGAGCGUACAGUUUAUUUUAAUACAUGCGCAUCAAUUAUUUUCUACACAGAAAUUUUUGUAUAACCAUUAUUUAGAUGAAAUGCAGCUUGAAAAUAUAAACUCAUGUUUACAUAUAAAAUUAUAAUUAAUAAACACACAGUGUUAAACAGUGUUCCUAAUUCCAUUCCGCAGAAACAUCCAUUAGGUGAUAUCAAUACCAGAAGUGGAAUAAUAUGUGGAUUUAUGUCUAGCCUUGUAUAUAAAGAAAAUCUGAAAUGGAUGCACCCUAAAGAAUGAAGUUAGGAUUCACCAGCUUGAAAUGCAUUAUCCAUUUGCACAUCCAGAGAGACUGUUUGAUACAAUCAGAUACCAAUAAUUGGUGCAAUACUCAGGAUAACGCAAGUUGUGUUAAAGUUUCCAUACAACCAGCAAUUAAAAAUAAAAUCUUUAACCAAA